CUCUCUCUUUCCCUUGUCUAUUUCGUUACGCGUAGUGUUUGAGAUUUUACUUUACCCAGAGAUCUCUGACUCUCACCAAUCUCUCUCUCUCUCUCUCUCUCUCUCUCUCUCUCAAAUUAUAUAUAAAAAGGAAGAUGGACUACGAUUACAGGAACAGGUCCGGCUCAACAUACGACUCACCGAUGUACCGUACAUCCUCCACAUCAUCGGCACCAUCCAACCAUCCAAUGUACGGAGGCGGAGGAGGAGGAGGAGGAGGAGGAGGCUCAUCCUUAUAUCCCCGGGUGGGUCAACCCGGUCCCAACAUGAACCCUCCGCCAACCCGCACCUCUUCCCACCACCAGCACCACCACUCCUCCCCUUCUUCUGGAUUGGGCAUUAGGGUUGCCAUCAAACCCCAAUAUCGGAUCACUCCUCCGCCUCAAUUGUCAACACAAAUAGGAGAUAUUCCCCGGAGCAAUUUCCAGUUUGACUUUGAAUUUGAGAGAAAAAUUUUAGCUGAAGCAGAGAAGGACAGCCAGAAUUGGAGCAGGUUUGGGCUGGAAAACCUUCCAUCUAGAAAUACGGAGUCUACAUCUUCAAUGCAGCGCCCUGUUGGAGAUCCUGUGGUGAACAAAUAUAUUACUAUGGGGCUCAACCGAGAAGCCGUUCCUCUUGCAGUUGCAAAUUAUGGAGACAAUCCAACCAAGGUUCAGGAAUUUGUCAAAGGCUACAGGCUCCUCCGAGAAAUGGGAUUUUCGUCGAGCAAUGUUGCAGAAGCCUUAGUCAUGUUUGACAACGAUACAGACAAGGCAAUAACUCAUUUCCUUAACAGUUCAACGUAAGGAUACAGGAAACACGUUGCUGUGUGUACUAGUGAAUAUUAGAGUAUUGGUUUUAUACAAACAGUUGGGUCGUUGUUUGAGAAUUGUGGCUUUAUUCUGAUGAUGAAAAACAUUAUGGGUUUUGUUAGUACAAUGUCGAAGGAUGGUUCCAUUUCGUUCAUUUUUAACAUUUUCCAUACAAUAGUGUAUUGUGACUAUCUUAUCAUGUAGAAGAAUUCCUUUAUAUAUUGUGUAAAUAAAUUAAACAGGUUUUGUUCAACA